AUGCCGGACGUCGGCUUCAACAUGUUGGAGCGGUAUCACGGGAAGGGAUACGCGACGGAAGCUACACAGGGGUUGAUCAAGUACUUUCGCGAGAAGAAAGGUGCGAAAGAGAUUGCGGGUUUGACCGACGACACAAACGAAGAGGCGAAGAAGCUCUUCCUCAGACUGGGGUUCACGAAUCAUGGAGUCAGGACAGUACGUGGUAUUCGGUGGUCGGGUGAAGUUCUUGACGUGGAUAUCUGGACCUUGGGACUUGAGGAUGGGAAGAAACUGGAGGACUUUGGAUUCUGA